AUGACAAUUAAUACUAUCAUUAGCGAAAUAAAAGACUGUGGAAUGUACUCUAUUAUGUGUGAUGAAGCAAGACCUUAUAAAACAGAACAAUUAUCAAUAUGUGUUAGAUACAUUAUUCCUAAUAGCUAUAGUCUAUGUGAAAGAUUUAUUGGAUUUUAUGAUGUAUCUAAUGGGAGAGGAGCCGAACAUGUUUUUAUUGAAAUUCUCUCGGUUCUGAAAAAAUUUGGCAUUUCUGAUAUUCCUCUUGUGGCACAAACAUACGAUGGUGCAAAUGUUAUGUCAAGAUCCACAUCUGGUGUUCAAACUAGAAUAAAAGACUCUCAUGCUGAAGCAAUUUUCAUUCAUUGUAUGGCCCAUAAAUUGAAUUUGGUUGUAACAAAUACUUGUAGAACUAUUAAGGAAUCUAAUACCUUUUUUAAUACUCUAAAAGCAGUUUAUGUGAAUUUUUCACAGCCUGACAAAGAUAAGCUAUUACAAGAUUUACAGAAAUCCAUGCAAAUAAAAUCAUUAUCGAUUUCUAGAUUAUGUGAAACGCAUAUAGAUGUAAGGUGUAAAAAAGAAGAGACAGAUUUAACCGGGUCAUGUGUUAAUGAAAAUACAGCAACUGACUUAUUAAUGUAUACAAACCGAGAGUGA